AUGCUCUUCGAGAUCUACACUGUCUAUCAGAGAGCAGACGUACUUACGAAAUCUUUAGGUGGACCAGUACAUCCGGUGAAUAUGUCAGCGAUACGGGUAGAACCACCGAAGAAAAAAAACAUUGGUUCAGUAUACGUGACAUUAGAUGAUGAUGAAAUCAUCGAUUACGACUACUCAGAUCUCAAAGAUCUAGGGGAUCUGUCAGGAGGUACAGAGGACGAAGUAGUACCAGAGACAGGUGUAUGGGUGGAAGGAAGUUCAGAGAAACCCACCGAAGAAAAAGAGUCCACCGAAGAAAAAGAGUCCACCAAAGGAAAAGUUCUCGUGAGCCAUGACGGAAAAUUUUUGUGUGUACCUAAGAAUAAGCCACCGGUAGAACCUAGAGUUGUUAGAGAGAUGAAAGAGAACAGAAGGAGAAGGAAAAACGGUUCGCUACAUGUCAAAGAUAAUAAAAACAAUGGACCAGGGAAACCUAUACCAUCUCCAAACCACGAUUCCUCUGUUCAUCGGCCAGGACGUCUUUCACAUCCCCUUCCCACACCUCCAUUUCGUGGAUCAAAUCAAAUAAUGAGGACGAUGCCCCCUGUCCACCACGAGAGGCGGACGCCAACAGAAACCGAACAUAUGAAAGGGUCGCCACCAACAUAUGUAAAAAAAAUGUCAUCAUUGGAGAAAAGUCAAAAAGUCAGUUUAGAAGAUGAAGUCAAUAAUGGACGUACCUUUUUUCUCCGACUCCCUCCAGAGACCAACAAGAAGAAAACCGCGACGGGACAUAUUGAUUUUGAAAGAAAAAAUGAAAAGUUUUGGUUUGGUGGCGAGUCUGAAAAUAUCGUCUGUCACAAAGUGUGUGACAAGUCGAGCGAAAGUCGGGGAAGGGUAUUUAACCAGCGAUCGGCGGUAGAGUUAACCGCCGAUUAA